GAUUUUGGGGAGCGAAAAGAACAUUUCCAGGAUGGAGGCCGGGCCCCCCACCCCCGCGGCUGCAACGGGGGCAGCUCCAGUGCAAGAACCUGCACGAGUUCCUGCGGGGGCUGAGCCCCCCGUGCUGGACCGGCUGUACGGGCACCCUGCCACCUGCCUGGCUGUUUUCAGGGAGCUGCCAGGCCUGGCCCAGGCGGGGGUGAUGCGGAUGCUGUUCCUGGAGCAGCCCCUGCCUCAGGCGGCCGUCGCGCUCUGGGUCAAGAAGGAGCACUAG